CGACAAAAAUAACACAAUAGUCUAUCAUUUUCUUUCGUCCAUAAAAAUACCCAAUCACAAAAGGUUAGUUCUUGAUUCCUGACUUUCUUUCUUUGUUUCUUUACACCUCCUCUCCCUCUCUCUCACAACUGAAUCCUCAUAAUCUCAUCCCAUAUUCAUUCAGCUUCUGCUUCUGUUUUUUCUGUUACUAAGGAGAGAAAAAACCCACAUACUAAAAGAGUCUGUAUCAUCAUCCAUCAGAAAACACAGAGAGUUUUUGAUUUCAUGGUGAUUGAAGGAGGAGAGAAACAGCAACAGCAGCAGCAGAAGGGAAUGCGACUUGGUAAAUACGAACUUGGGAGAACUCUUGGUGAGGGUAAUUUUGGUAAAGUUAAAUUCGCUAAGAAUACUGAAUCUGGGGCUGAUUUUGCUGUUAAGAUACUUGAUAAGAAACACAUUCUUGACCUCAAUAUCACCAAUCAAAUAAAGAGAGAAAUUGGGACUUUAAAGCUUUUGAGACAUCCUAAUGUUGUCAGAUUGCAUGAGGUCUUGGCCAGCAAAACAAAGAUUUACAUGGUUCUAGAACUUGUGAUUGGUGGCGAAUUAUUUGAGAGAAUUGACUUCAAAGGUAGACUUUCUGAAAUUGAAGGACGGAAGCUCUUCCAACAGUUAAUUGAUGCCGUGGGAUACUGUCACGAGAAAGGAGUCUACCAUAGAGAUCUUAAGCCUGAAAACGUUCUUCUUGACGCAAAGGGGAAUAUAAAGAUAUCAGAUUUUGGACUCAGUGCUUUGCCUCAACAUGUUCGGGGUGAUGGUUUGCUGCAUACAACCUGCGGAAGUCCACACUAUGUUGCCCCUGAGGUUCUUGCCAACAGGGGGUAUGAUGGAUCCACAUCGGAUCUUUGGUCAUGCGGAGUCAUCUUAUACGUGAUUCUUACGGGGUAUCUUCCUUUUGAUGAUAAGAAUCUUGCAGUUCUGUAUCAUAAGAUAUUUAGAGGAGACGCUCCACUUCCCAAAUGGUUGUCGUCUGGCGCACAAAACCUGAUUAGGAGGAUUCUUGAUCCAAACCCAAAGACUAGGAUAACAAUUGUGGGGAUCAAAGAAGAUGAGUGGUUUAAGCAGGACUACACUCCAACAAAUGUCGAAGAUGAUGAUGAAGACAUCCACAUUGACGAUGAAGCCUUUUUGAUACAAGAAGUUCCAGCGGAUGUGGAGAAAUAUCUAAAUCAACCGACUUUGAUUAACGCCUUUCAGCUCAUCAGUAUGUCCUCGUGCCUGGAUCUGUCAGGCUUUUUCGAAAAGGAGGAUGCUUCUGAGAGGAAGAUUAGAUUCACAUCAAACCAUUCUCCGAAAGAUUUACUUGAGAAGAUCGAGGAUAUCGUUACAGAAAUGGGACUCCAAGUCCGGAAAAAGAACGGGAUGCUCAAGAUGCAAGCACGCAAGGGUCAUAAGAAUCCAGGCAGCAUAUCCGUUGCAACCGAGGUUUUUGAGAUCAGCCCCUCUAUUUAUGUGGUAGAACUCAGAAAAUCAUAUGGAGAUCCGAUAGUGUACAGACAGCUGUGUGCGAAGCUAGCCGAAGAACUAGGAGCUGCCAAACCAAGCUUCUAAGAACAUAGUAGUCGGUGCAGAAUAGCAGCGAAGUAAAUCUCUCAACAGCUAUUACAGUGCUGUAAAUUUGUCAUUAGUACAAAAUAUAAAAGAACUAUAGCUUAAAUUUUAGUAAAUCUCAGCACAAGUUAUACAAGGAAGCCUCUUGUAGGGAUUUAAUGGUUCAGGUGUUUAGGGCUGAACUCUUGUAAUUAGCUUUGUUCUUGUAAUUAGUUUUGUUUAGUGGAAAUUCCCUAGCUUAAUCUUCUCGACCAUAAAAGGUAUUGCCA